ACCUCAUCCCUCCUGCAGCUGCAUAGCUAGGCGGAGCUGCAACUUUGCGAAACUUCUGAGUUACAACUGAAACGGAGACUGGAAUUAACAGGAGUUUUACAGGUGAGGGAGUAAAAUAUUUGGGAAUUUUACUUGGUAUUUGUGUUCAGAGGUUAAAGAAGACGGACUGCCAUUCCUUUGUUUUACCCGACAGAACUACUCGUUUUAAUAGAGGAAAGAAAAAUACUUGGAAUUUGUUCAUGAAAGAAAAACGAUUGAGGGAAAAGAAAGGCUCCAGGUUUCCAGGUGAGAUGAGAGUGCAACGGGCGUGUGCGGGUCAGUGAGAGGUCAGACAGCGUCUGGAGGGACAGCAUGCAGGCCUGAGUGCCGCGGGAAGCACAGCACGGCGGCCCCGCCCUCGGUCCCCACGGAGGCGGGCCACGCCCACGCGGCCGGCAUGCCCCGCUGCUGAUCGCCGCGGCGACGAGGGACCAUGACGAGCCUGAAGCGCUCGCAGACCGAGCGCAGCGUCGGGGGGUCGGUCCCGGCCACCGACGAGUUCUACACCCGCCGCCUGCCCAACGGCGGGGCCCCGCCCCCCCGCAGCGAGAGCGCCCACCUGUCCGGCUGCACGCCGGGCGUGCCCAAAAUGGGCGUGCGGGCCAGGGUGGCCGACUGGCCCCCCAGGAAGGACAGCGGCGGGGCGGUGUGGCACGUGGCCUUGGACAUGGACGCCCCGGGCCCCGCCCCCGGCUCCGCCCCCGGCAACGGGCAGACCAACCUGUCUAACAGACUGGGCCACCUGAUGAGCCCGCAGGACUCCAACAUGCUGCGCAACAUCCACAACACGCUGAAGAGCAAGACGCAGGCCGCCGCUGCCGCCGGCCACGACGGCCGCUUCCUGUCCCCCGACGACCAGCGGGGCUCCUCCCGCCGGGGCCCGCGGCGCAUCCGGCAGCGCAGCAACAGCGACAUCACCAUCAGCGAGCUGGACGCCGGCAGCGACGGCGCGGAGGACUGGGGCUCGCCCGGGGCCAAGUGGUCCCCCGUCCACCGGGAGUACGGCAGCACGUCCUCCAUCGACAAGCACGGCCCCUCCGGCGAGAGCUUCUUCGACAUGCUCAAAGGUUACCAGGGCGACAAGCCCGACCAGCGCAGCCCCGCCCCCGACAGGCUGGGCGACCUGCUGACCAUCAGCCACAAGCAGGCGGGGUUCGACCUGCCGGACGGGCCGGUUGCGGGCCGCCGGGGCAGCCCCUCCGCCCGGCUGAAGGAGCGCGAGAAGCCCCUCAAGAGGCGGUCCAAGUCGGAGACGGGGGGCGACUCCAUAUUCCGGAAGCUGCGGACGGCGAGGACGGAGGGCGACUCCUCCCGGGCGGGCUCGGACGCGGAGGACGGGCGGUCCGAAGACGGGGGGCCCCCCCCGAAGCCGUGGGCCUGCCAGAAGGGCUUCGCCCACUACGACGUCCAGAGCGUCCUGUUCGACCUGAACGAGGCGGCCCACAGCCGGCAGACCUCGGCCAAGCUGAGGAACACCACCACGGGGGCCUCGGCCGCCGCCGCCGCCUCCGCCUCCUCCUCGCUCUCCUCCACCCACAGCGCCCCCUACAGCUCGCCCUGCGGCAGCCAGGAGGAGCUGAGCGCCAAGGACGGCGUGGGCCUGGACGCCGGCGACGACAAGAGCAACGAGCUGGUGCUCAGCUGCCCCUGCUUCCGCAACGAGGUCGGGGGCGAGGGCGAGCGCAAGAUCAGCCUGUCCAAGCUGGGCAGCAUCGGCAGCGGGGGCCCCGCCGCGGUGGCGGCGGCGGCCGACGGGAACCCCUUCGAGUCGUCGCUCAGCACCCACUGCACCAACAACGGCGUGGCCGUGCUGGAGGUGCCCAAGGACAGCCAGGGCGUGCACAUGGACCGGGGCAAGCGCUACAUCGUGGAGCACGUCGACCUGGGCUCCUAUUACUACAGGAAGUACUUCUACCUAAGAGAGCACUGGAACUACUUUGGGGUGGACGAGACGCUGGGGCCCGUGGCGGUCAGCCUGCGCAGGGAGAAGCUGGAGGACCACAAGGAUCACGGGCCGCAGUACAACUACCGGGUCAUCUUCCGCACCAGCGAGCUGACCACGCUACGGGGCUCCAUCCUGGAGGACGGCGUGCCCUCCACCUCCAAGCACGGCACGGCCCGCGGGCUGCCCCUCAAGGAGGUGCUGGAGUACCUGGUGCCCGAGCUGAACGCCCACUGCCUGCGGCUGGCGCUCAACACGCCCAAGGUCACCGAGCAGCUGAUGAAGCUGGACGAGCAGGGGCUGAGCUUCCAGCUGAAGGUGGGGGUGAUGUACUGCCAGGCAGGCCAGAGCAGCGAGGAGGAGAUGUACAACAACGAGGCGGCCGGCCCCGCCAUGGAGGAGUUCCUGCAGCUGCUGGGCGAGCGCGUGCGCCUGAAGGGCUUCACCAAGUACCGCGCCCAGCUGGACACCAAGACGGAUUCCACGGGCACCCACUCACUGUACACCACCUACAAGGACUAUGAGAUCAUGUUCCAUGUGUCCACCAUGCUACCCUACACUCCCAACAACAAACAGCAGUUGCUAAGGAAACGGCACAUUGGGAACGACAUCGUGACCAUUGUUUUCCAGGAGCCAGGAGCCCAACCAUUCACGCCCAAAAAUAUUCGCUCACAUUUCCAGCACGUCUUCGUCAUAGUGCGUGCUCACAGCCCCUGCUCCGACAGCACCUGCUACAGCGUGGCCGUCGCUCGUUCCAGGGACGUCCCGUCUUUCGGGCCCCCCAUCCCCAAGGGCGUGACCUUCCCCAAGUCCACGGUCUUCCGGGACUUCCUGCUGGCCAAGGUGAUCAACGCCGAGAACGCCGCCCACAAGUCGGACAAGUUCCGCGCCAUGGCGACGCGCACGCGCCAGGAGUACCUGCGGGACCUGGCGGAGCGUCACGUGACCAGCACGCCCAUCGACCCGUCGGGCAAGUUCCCCUUCAUCUCGCUGGCGCACAAGCGCAAGGAGAAGAGCCGGCCCUACGGGGGGGCGGAGCUCCGCAGCCUGGGCGCGGUCACCUGGCCCGUGCACGUGGAGGACCACGGCGCCGGCGCGGAGCUGGAGGGCCUGCUGGCCGUCUCCAACGAGCUCCUGGUGCUCAUCGACCGGGAGGCCAAGGCCGUGGUGUUCAACUGCUCCGUCCGCGACGUCAUCGGCUGGACCCUGGGCAGCCCCGCCUCCAUGAAGAUCUUCUACGAGCGCGGCGAGUGCGUCUCCCUGCGCUCCGUCAACAACAACACCGAGGACUUCCGCGACAUCGUCAAGCGGCUGGAGCUCCUGACGAAGGGCUGCGAGACCACGGAGAUGACCCUGCGGCGGAACGGCCUGGGCCAGCUGGGCUUCCACGUCAACUACGAGGGCAUCGUGGCGGAGGUGGAGCCGUACGGCUACGCCUGGCAGGCGGGGCUGCGCCAGGGCAGCCGGCUGGUGGAGAUCUGCAAGGUGGCCGUGGCGACGCUCUCCCACGAGCAGAUGAUCGACCUGCUGCGCACCUCCGUCACCGUCAGGGUGGUGAUCAUACCCCCGCACGAGGACUCCACGCCCCGCAGGGGCUGCUCGGAGCUCUUCCGCCUGCCGGUGGUGGAGUACAAGGGCGCCGCGGACGGCGUGCCCUUCGAGUACAAGUUCCCCUUCCGCAGCAACAACAACAAGUGGCAGCGAAGCUCCGCCUCCCCCCAGCAGUCCCUCUCCGCCUCCCCGCAGGGCCACGGGGGCGGGCCCGGCCGCGCCGUCAGCCUGGGGGCCAGCGUCGGCAAGGCCCCGCCCUCCGAGCGCGCCGCCGCCAUCCCCCGCAGCGUGUCCAGCGACGGGCGCCCCCUGGACAACAGAAGGUUCUCCCCCGGCUCCGACAACUACGCGCUGGCCUCGUCCGUCGUGAUGGGCCGCUCGGCGCACAACCGCAACUCUCCCAGCAUGCUCUCCUACAGCGACGUGGGCCCCGCCGGCCCCGCCCACUGGAGGCAGAAGUCCGUGCCGGAGGGAUUCGGGGUAAACAGGAACUCCCCGCUGCCCGUGGACAGGCAGAGCGCUGGGGAAGGGGGCGGCAGCAGCAGCGGGAAGUCGACGCCCAAUCGGCCGAGGGCUGAGGAAGGGGGCGGGGCCGGAGGCGGACCUGACAGAACUCCUGCGGAGCCCCAAGUGGCUAAGCCUGCCGUGGCCCAGCCCAGCGUACCCCGCAUUCAGAGGCAGGAGCAGGUUAUCCAUCUGUCCCCCAACAAGAACAGCCAGACGGAGACGCCCUACUCCAGCCACUCCAGCAGCAACACGCUGUCCAGCAACGCCUCCAGCGGCGCCCACAGCGACGAGAAGUGGUACGAGAUCGGGGGCGGGACGGGCGAGCGGCCCGACUCGGAGGUCAACGGGUUCGGGGGCGGCGGUGGCUACCUGCAGGGGGCGUCGGCGGACAGCGGCAUCGACGCCACCUCCUACGGCGCGGCUCACGGCAGCUCGGGCUCUCUGCCGGCGGCGGCGGGCGGGGCGGGCCCCCGGGACAAGGCCGCCUCCCCCUGGCACAGCCCCGCGGAGAGGUCGCCCCCGGCGCCCGACUCCUCCCCCGUCCCGCCGGGGAGCGCCGAGGGGCCCGCCAGGAGCCCUCCCGCGUACCCCCUGCCGCGGGACGGCAGCUCCUACAGCCUGAGCGACGCGGCGUCCCACACCAGCACCCUCAGCUCCAGGCACUCUGGGAGUCCGGUGGUCCUGGGCUCCAGCCGAAACUCCCCUCGGGAGGAGUCGCCCUCCGCCACGUCGCCCACCUCCCAGACCUCCCUCUCGCCCGGGCCCAAGUCCUUCUACCCCCGCCAGGGCGCCACCAGCAAAUACCUGAUUGGCUGGAGGAAGCCGGGGAGCACCAUCAACUCAGUGGGCUUUGGAGAGACGCGCAAGAGGCACCAGAGCGACGGGCCGGAGGUGAGGCAGCCGCAGCUCAAAGCCACCAUGAGGGACCUGCAGUCUCCACAGCGCCUCACCAAGUCCACCGUGGAGGAGGACCUGAAGAAACUCAUCGCCCUGGACAGCCCCCCGCCCACCAGCAAGGAGCACAAGCCCUCCUUCUCUGGCUCCGCCCCCGGCCGGCGCUCGCUGCACCGCACCCUAUCGGACGAGAGCAUCUACAGUGGGCAGCGGGACCCGUCCUUCAGGGUGGAGCCGGCCCUGCCCAGCGAGGCGCUCUUCACCUGCUCCACGGUGCCGCGCUCGCCCACGGUCCGCGGCGUGGCCCUCCGCCGGCCCCCUUACGCGCUGGGGGCCAAGCUGCACGGUGACCUCUCGGCCUCGGAGACGUCCCUCUCGGAGCUGCAGGACCGGCAGAGGCAGCCGCUGCAGGACCCAGGCCUCAUGCCCCUCCCGGACACCGACGCCGACUCCGGCCUGGACUGGUGCCACCUGGUGGACGCCGCCAAGGCCUUCGAGGACCAGAGAGCCUCCCUCUUAGCUGCUAAAGAUGUGAACCACAGGCCAGAGAGCACAGACUCCAACUCCCAGCAUGCUGAGCCUCAGGCCACCCCGCAGCCUCGCCCCUCCCUUGGUGAGGUCCCUGCCGGUCUGCUGGGGAAGGUCAGUCAGCUGGAGUCCAUGGUCAGGCUGCUGCAGGAGGACCUGCAGAAGGAGAAGGAGGACAAGGCUGUGCUGCAGGCCCAGAUCCAGUCCCUGCGGGAGGACAACCAGCGGCUGCAGGAGGAGUCCCAGAACGCCUCGGCCAAGCUGAAGAAGUUCACCGAGUGGGUGUUCAACACCAUCGACAUGAACUGAGCCGGCUCCGCCCACCUCUUCCUCCUCCUCCUCCUCCUCCGGAGGCCACGCCCCUUAGGGACCAGCGCACGCCUGAAGACAUUCCAGCCGUACCCUGUUUACCGGGCCUGUGUACAGCUCAAUCAGCACCCCGCCCCCCCCCCCCCCCCCCCCCCCCCGC